GAACUCCCCUAUUGAAUGGCGCGCUCAGGCCUCAUCCCAAAGUCCAAGACCAACCACCGGCAGAAGCGCAACGCAAUGCCGCGCGAUCCCGCCGCUGCGUUUGCGUCUGGAUCUUCGGGUGUCCGCAAGGCCAAGACCCGCCGUGGAAAGCGCAUCCUGGAAGACCGCGCGCCAAAGAUUGAGGAAAACCCAAAGUCGUCGCUGUUUGUUCGUGGCGGCAACACGUCCGAAGUCAUCACAAACUGCCUGCGCGAGUUUAGCCUGCUCCGCAAGCCACACACAAUCAACCUGCGUCGUAAAAACCCAAUUCACCCGUUCGAGGAUGCGACGUUUGUCGAGUCGUUCUCGAAAAAGUACGACGCGUCGCUGUUUGCCUUUGGCAACCACUCCAAGAAGCGCCCGCACAACUUGAUUCUCGGGCGUACCUUUGACCACCAAUUGCUUGACAUGAUCGAGUUUGGUGUGCAGGACUUCAAGUCGCUGAGCGAUUUUAAGAAUGAAAAGAGCGUGCAGGGCUCCAAGCCGUGCCUGUUCUUUGCCGGCGACGGGUUUGAGCAGCUCCCCGAGCUCAAGCACGUCAAGAACCUGCUGGCAGACUUUUUCCGCGGCCCCGUGGUCGACAAGAUUGCCCUCGCAGGCCUCGACCACGUCAUCACCUUUGUUGCGCUGAGCGACAAGAGCAUUCUGCUCAACCACCACCGCAUUGUCCUCAAGAAGAGCGGCACCCGGCUACCACGCGUCGAGCUCGAGGAGAUUGGCCCCUCGAUGACCCUCGAGAUUCGCCGCACCCAACUCGCCUCGGACGACCUGCGACGAGACGCUCUGCGUGUGCCCAAGCAGCUUAAGCCAACCAAGGUCAAGAAUAUCGAAUACGAUUCGCUUGGCAACAAGCUCGGCCGUGUCCACAUUGCACAGCCCGACCUUGCCGAGUUGCAGACGCGCAAGAUGAAGGGUCUGAAGCGAAGUCACGCCCAAGCGGACGCUGAUGAUGAUGAUGAUGACGGUGUGGACGCCAGCCAACCCGAGCCUGUCCAGCCGCGUGCCUUGCCUGCUGCUGCUGCUGCUCCUGCUCACAGCCCUAAGCGAGCGCGCGCUGAUUCGGAUGCGGCUCCUGCGCCCAAGGUUGCCAGCCCCGCCAUCAAGGCUGCUGCCUCGCCCAAGAUUAGCCCUCGUGUCACUCGCAGCAAGGCCAAGGUUGCUCGCAAGUAAUAGCUGCAACAUGUGGUGUGUCCAACAGCUCUAGCUCUGCAGAAAAAACAAACCUGGUCAGUCGACAUUGAACAAAACUUGUUUCGUUUUGAACAAUGGCGCGGAUUUGCUGCUCUGUGUUGGUUUUCUCUCUCUCUCUAAUGCUGUGAUUUCCUUCUGCCGCUGAUGAUGUAUUUGAUGUCUGGUUGUGAAUGUCGUUGUUGCUUAAUCUCCAAUUUCAUAUUGACAAAACAACAAAUCCAA